UAAUUAACGCACCUGGCGCGUGAUUUUUCUCACAGCAACAUUAAGAUUGGCGUUGAGCACAUUCAAACAACUUAAUAGGAAAAUAUGGACGGACCAAAUGAAGAAAAAACUGAAAAACAAAAAACAAAAUACCCACGUGCGGUGUUUUUCAUAGCAGGAUUUGAGUUGAGUCAGCGAUUCUGUCUCUACACGAUGAGAACUGUUCUGUCUAUUUACCUGGUGUAUUGGCUCGAUCUGCAGGAGUACGUCGCCACUGUUGUCUACCACUUGUUCAACGUUGUGCAGUACAUUACUCCGAUUUUAGGCGGAAUAAUUGCAGACAACUGGCUUGGAAAUUAUAAAACAAUUAUAUUCGGCUCAGUGUUCUACAGUUUGGGAAUUAUAACAAUUCUUAUAAGCUCCAUUCCGGAUAUCAUCAUCACAGCGGUUUUGACGUACCUCGGCCUCUUCAUGACCGCCUUGGGCCACGGCAUUGUGGCGCCGUGCGUCAACGUUUUUGGCGGAGACCAAUUCGUGUUUCCGGAACAGAAAGAUCAGCAGCAGACCUUCUUCUCCGUCACCUACGUUGCCGUGUGCGUCGCCAGCUUCGUCGCUACCAUCAUCUCGCCGAUUUUGAGGACGACAGAAUGUCUUGGAAGCGACAGCUGCUACCCCCUGUCUUUCGGCAUCUCAUCCGUUUUCAUUCUUCUUUCGUUUGUAAUUUUCAUCUCUGGAAAACCGUUUUACAAGAUUAAAGCACCACAUGGAGAUAUUUUUGUCCAGGUUUCAAAAUGUGUUGCGCACGGGGUUAAAAUGAGGGUCAAAAACAGGAAGGGUGAGAAGAAGGAGCAUUGGCUGGACCACGCCGCGGACAAAUUCGAUCCGAAAUUGAUUGCUGACACAAAACUGGGUUUGAAAGUGUUGAAAAUGUUCCUCACCGUACCCUUUUUCUGGGCCCUCUACGAUCAAAAGGGUUCGCGAUGGACGUUCCAAGCGACGAGAAUGCUUUGCGACUUCGGCAGCUGGAAAGUGCAGCCGGACCAAAUGCAGAUCUUGAGUCCUCUGCUGAUCAUGAUCAUGGCCCCCGUGUUUGAAGUGGCCAUUUUUCCAGUGCUGAAAAAGCUGAAGAUCCUGCAAACGCCGCUGAAGAAAAUGGUCCUGGGAGGAGUUUUGGCCGGCGUCGCAUUUUUGCUCUCUGCCGGAGUAGAACUAGCCAUUGAUUCAACGGACGCUGUGACUCCGUUCAAAGGAGAGGCGCAACUGCGGCUGCUCAACUCUCUGGACUGCAACAUUGGCAUUUCCUCUGAUGUGACCGGGGAUUUCCAAAUUCCUCCCCUGCAGUCGUGGCAAAAUUUGUAUAUACCUGUGCAAACUGAGAGGAGAUUCAAUUUAAAAGCAACGGCUGCAAACGAGUGCGGCAUUGGAACGAGCGAAACUGAAUUUGAAAUUUCCUUGUUUGAGAAGCAGGCCCAAAGCUAUACUUUUCACGAUGGCAUCGCUCCUACAACACUUAAAUUGUCCAAUAGAAAUUCGGACAGCACUGAAAAAUCGCGGAUUGGCUCAUCGAGAGUGAGAAUCGUGUUGAAUUCCAACGUGACUACAGGCGUCCCUGUGACUUUAAGAGGGAAAAAAGUUCACAGCAUCAUAUUUGUGGGCGAAAUAUCUGACUCUGGUUUUAUCGAAAUGGACUCUGCUGAAUACCAGAUUGAAGUGGACCAAAUUCCAAUCGGUAAAGCCUCCUUCGGCGGAGGUGGAGUUUACACUCUGCAAAUAAAUCGAAAAAUUAGCAAGUUUAAUGUGAUCACGAUUACGCCAGCAAAUAUGGUGAACGUGUUUUGGCAAGUGCCUCAAUACUUCACGAUGGCUAUUGGUGAAAUGUUGUUCUCCAUUACUGGCCUUGGAUUUGCAUUCACGCAGGCCCCGAAAAGUAUGAAAACGUUGAUCAUGUCUGGCUGGCUUAUUGCGGUUGCGGUCGGAAACAUUGUUGUCAUUGGAUUUGCUGGCGCUCAAAUCUUCAGAAAAAUGCUUUGGGAAUACGUGCUUUUCGCCGGGCUCAUGUUUUUGAGCAUGGUUGUCUUCGCUGUACAGGCUGUGAGGUAUACAUACGUUGAAAUUCCGUCUGAGGAUGAAGAAAACGAAAAGAAGGACGAAGAAGAUAGCGUUACCCCCGAAUCUUUACCAGAAAAGAAUUACAUAAAAGAUUUCGAUAAUCCCAAGACCAGACAAGCUAUAAUUAGUCUGGUUGCACAAAUCGAUAUUGAUGGAAUUCGAGCUGGACAUUUCACAAUAAAAACCCCAUUGUCUGGAUCUGCCGAGGAAAAUGGAAGAAGCAGCCGUAAAACAAAGUACCCGCGAGCGAUUUUUUUCAUUGCUGGCUUCGAAUUAACCCAACGGUUCAGUUUCUACACAAUGAGAACUGUACUCUCUAUUUACCUGGUGCAUUGGCUCGGACUCGAAGAAUACAUCGCCACCAUGGUGUUCCACUUAUUCACCGUUAUUCAAUACAUCUCGCCAGUUUUAGGUGGAAUCAUUGCUGACAAUUGGCUCGGAAAUUACAAAACGAUUUUAUUUGGGUCCAUCUUCUACAGUUUGGGCAUUGGUGCCGUUCUCGUGAGCUCUAUUCCGGACAUUAUAAUCACAUCAAUAUUGACCUUUCUCGGCCUCUUCUUGACCGCCACGGGCAAGGGAAUCGUGGCGCCGUGCAUUAACGUUUUUGGCGGAGAUCAAUUCGUGCUCCCAGAGCAGAGAGACGAGCCGCAGAAGUUUUUCUCCGUCAUGUACGUUGCGGUGAACGUGGCCAGCUUCAUCGCCAUCAUCAUUUCGCCAAUUUUGAGGACGACAGACUGUCUGGGCAAUGACAGCUGCUAUCCUUUGUCCUUCGGCAUCUCUUCUAUUUUCAUACUGCUCUCGUUUGUGAUUUUCAUUGGCGGAAAAUCGUUUUAUAAGUGUGAUGCACCAAAAGGCGACGUCGUUGUUCAAGUUUCGAAAUGUAUUGCGCAUGGAGUGAAAAUGAGGAUCAAGAACAGAAACACAGAGAAGAAGGAACCGAAGGAACAUUGGCUGGACCACGCUGCUGAUAAAUUUCAUCCGAAAUUGAUCGCCGACACGAAACUCGGUUUGAAAGUCUUGAAAAUGUUCCUAACUGUUCCAAUUUUCUGGGCCCUGUUUGACCAAAAGUUUUCCCGCUGGACAUUUCAAGCGACGAGAAUGCAGUGCGACUUUGGUAGCUGGCGAGUUCAGCCUGAGCAAAUGCAGAUUAUGAGUCCGCUGCUAAUUAUGACCAUGACUCCUUUAUUCGAAGUGGCCAUUUUUCCGAUUCUGAAAAAAUUAGGAGCUCGGCCAACGCCUCUGAAGAAAAUGGUUGUUGGAGGAAUUUUGGCAGGAGUAGCUUUUUUACUGUCGGCAGGAGUGGAAGUUGCGAUUUAUCCGACGGACGCUGUAAUUCCGAAUCCAGGAGAGGCGCAACUCCGACUACUCAGCACUUUGGACUGCAAUAUUAACAUUUCCUCAAAUCUUACCGGAGAUUUUGAUAUUCCUCCCAUGCAGUCUUGGCAGAAUCUGUAUAUCUCGGUGCAAAAUGAGAGGACCUUCACUUUAAAUGCAACGCCUUCGAGUGAGUGCGGCAUUGGAGCGAGCAAAACCGAUUUUGAGAUUUCCUUGUUUGAGAAGCAGGCCCAAAGUUACGCUUUUCACGACGGUAUCGGUCCCAAAAAAGCACUGAAAUUAUCUGACAGGUUUUUGGACAGCUCUGAAAAAUCACGGAUUGGCUCAUCAAGAGUUAGAAUCGUGAUGAACGCCAAUGAGGAUUCAAGUGUCACCGUGACUUUAAGAGGAAAGCACGUUCACAGCGUCAUAUUUUUGGGUGACGUUGCUGAAUCUGAAUUUAUCGAAAUCGAUCCUGAUGGGUACCAGGUGGAAAUAAAUCAGGUUCAAAUCGGUCAAACAUUCUUUGGAGGAGGUGGCGUUUACACACUAGUUAUAAAUCAAGAAGUCGGCAAGUUCUUUGUUCAAACGAUGACACCUGAAAACACGGUGAACGUGUUCUGGCAGGUUCCUCAAUACUUCAUGAUGGCGAUUGGCGAGAUGUUGUUCUCUAUCACUGGCCUUGGAUUUGCAUUCUCACAGGCCCCAAAAAGCAUGAAAACUGUGAUCAUGUCUGGCUGGAUGAUCGCAGUGGCGGUCGGAAACAUUGUUGUCAUCGGAUUUGCCGGCGCUCAAAUAUUCAGGAAAAUGCUAUGGGAAUACGUGCUAUUCGCUGGGCUCAUGUUUUUUAGCAUGGCCAUCUUCGCCGUGCAAGCCGCCAGGUAUACUUAUUUGGAAAUCGAAGACGAUGAGGAAAGUGAAAAAAAUGAAAAGGAAACUGCUGCUGAAUCUGUUGAAAAAAAGAAGUAAACUAUCUAUAAAGCAUUUGGUGUAG